GAGAAUCCUUUCCUUAAAGUAAAAAUAGAAUGAAAGAUGUCCAUAUUCCUAGGAAUCGAAAUGGGGGUAUUUUUAUAGAUGCCGAAAAUGUAAAGUUACAUUCAAACGAUUUUGACCAUACAGAGAAGCUUAAUCAGCUAACUGACACUGAACGAAGUCAUGUUGACACAUAUAUUUCUAACUGUGAAAAGGCACUCGAUUCACUAAAUAAGAUCAAUCAACCGAUAGCUUUAACGGAAACAUCACCAUGGGAAUAUCAUUAUUCAACUAAUCGACACCACUUUCCACUAAAAAACUAUAUCAUCCAUGCAUUUCCUAUAUUGAAACCUUAUCUCAUCUCUAAUUCUAAGAAAUGUCGUAUUUUGGAAUGUGGAUGUGGUACAGGAAGUACACUUCUUCCACUUAUGCGGUACUGCAGUAAUGAAAAUGCUUCUUUUGUAGGCUUUGACGUUUCCUCAACUGCGUUGAGCUUUUUCCUAAAUCAUCCGAUUGCAGAGAAAUACACAAAAGAUAAUCGUUUACAACUUUUUAAAUUUGACACCUCGGGUAAUUUCCCCCAAUCAUCCAUUGAUUCUACUCAAAAUUCCGAAAGUCAAAUAAAACGACCACGAUCUGAACAGUUAAAAACAACAUUAAUAGAUGCGAUGGGUGCAGCUUUUCCCUCAUCAGGUGACGAAAAGUUCGAUGUGGUUUUACUUGUUUUUGUUCUGAGUGCGUUGCCAACACUAUCCGGUAUGAUUAGUACAUUGAAGCAGAUACGUGAAGUAAUUAAACCGGAUGGUUUCUUGCUGUUUAGGGAUUAUGCUCUUCCAGAUCAUAAUUUUUUUCGCUUUAUAAAAAAUAAUAAUAAUGAGCUAGGCGAGUUGUUUUUUAAAAAGGGCGAUUCAACGACUCAAUUAUUCUUCGAAGAAAAGUUUACGAAGAGAUUGAUGAAAGCGUCAGGUUUUGACGAACAUUUGGAUGAACAGUUCAAACUUCAAUACCACUGUAAUCGUAUAAUUAACAGAAAGACUGGAAAGUUUAUGGAUAAAGUUUUUUUGAAUGGAGUAUUUUCUCCAUACUUGUAGUUUCUAACUUUCUUCCCUUACUUGCGGCUCUGAUCUUCUUUAACCA